AUGUCCCUGCUUUCCUCUCCCUGUGGCGCUCGGCCGCGGCUGACCGAAGGCGUGUCUGUGGCACGGUAUCCGUUCCCGGACUGGGCCUGCAAGGCCGAGGCGUCCCCGGGCUCCCGGCAGGUCCAGCUGUGGCAUUUCAUCCUGGAGCUGCUGCAGAAGGAGGAGUUCCGCCACGUCAUCGCCUGGCAGCAGGGGGAGUACGGGGAGUUCGUCAUCAAGGACCCCGACGAGGUGGCCCGCCUCUGGGGCCGCAGGAAGUGCAAACCCCAGAUGAACUACGACAAGCUGAGCCGGGCCCUCCGAUACUAUUACAACAAGAGGAUCCUUCAUAAAACAAAAGGGAAAAGGUUUACGUAUAAAUUUAACUUCAACAAGCUGGUGAUGCCCAACUACCCAUUCAUCAACAUUCGGUCGAGUGGUGUGGUUCCCCAGAGUGCGCCACCAGUGCCAACCGCCUCUUCCCGGUUCCAUUUCCCACCUCUGGACCCCCAUUCUCCACCGAGUGACGCGCAGCCGGGCCGGUUCUCCGUGAGCUCCCUCGCUGCCUCCGGCCAGGAGUCGAGCAAUGGCGCGGAUAGAACGGGGGAGCUUCCGGGGCUGGAGGACGGCUCAGCCGCCGACUGGCGCCGGGGCGUGGAUCUCCUGUCCUCCCGGAGCGCUGUCGCAGGGGGGCUCGGCCAUCCGAAACGCAAGCCUGACGUCGUGCUCCCUCUGUUCGGCAGGCCUGGGGUGUACCCUGACCCGCACAGCCCCUUCGCGGUCUCUCCGCUCCCCGGCCGCGGAGGUGUUCUGAGCGUCCCCAUCUCACCGGCCCUCUCCCUGACCCCCACCGUCUUCUCCUACAGCCCGUCGCCCGGCCUCAGCCCCUUCACCAGCAGCAGCUGCUUCUCCUUCAACCCCGAGGAGAUGAAGCGCUACCUGCACUCUCAGGCCUGCUCUGUGUUCAACUACCAUCUGAGCCCCCGGACCUUUCCCCGCUACCCAGGACUCACGGUCCCGCCGCUGCAGUGCCAGCCGCAUCCCGAGGAGUCCGCCCAGUUCUCCAUCAAGCUGCAGCCGCCGCCCGCCGGGCGGAAGAACCGCGAGAGGGCGGAGAGCAGUGAGCCGUCCGGCCCCGGCACCGCGCCCGCCGUGGCUCCUGUCCCCCCAAGGGUUAAGGUGGAGCCGGUCUCCGACAAGGACCCCGAGAGUGUCCGGCCGUCGGGGCGAGAGGAGGAGCGCUCCCGCGAGGCGGGCGCUGUGCCGAGCAGGACCACAGAGGAGGAGAAGGGCGCCGUCUUUGCCCGCCCGGCCGCGCCGGUCUGGCCGCCCGGCCCCGCGAGCAGCCCGAGUGAAGAAGCCCUAGAGGUGACUGACGACAGCGAGGACAGGCCUGGCAGAGAGCCCAGCGCGCCUGAGAAGAAGGAAGACGCCCUCAUGCCCCCCAAGCUCCGGCUGAAGCGGCGCUGGAAUGGCGCCCCCGGAGCCCGAGAGCCGAGCAAGAGCGGCCGGGUCCUCUGGAGUGGGCCGGGGCCCCGGGGCCUGGCCACGGCCGCCGCCGACGCCUAGGACGGGAAGCGGCUCGGGAGCGGUUUCUCCCGUCAUCAGACGCACACGUGGAUUUAUGUAGCGAGAGGUCAGGGUUGGGGGGAGGGAGGGAGGGAAUGAGACUGGUUGGAUCCUUGUAGGGGCAUAGACUUGUAUUUUUACGUCUGGGGCAUGGGAUGGGUGUCUUCUGUUGUAAAUUAGGGGGGACGUGAGCACCCUCUUUCCUGGUGAGCAGCACCCGGGAAGGCUGGUGAACCGAAAGGAGGAAGCACCUUUGCUUCCUGGGGAGGAAGCUUCUUACACUUUCUGACGGACUGCCAGGGGGCCGAGGCGCCCUUGGUCCCGUUGCAGUUCAGGUUCCAGACUUCUUUCUUUUCUAUUGUAUUUAUCUCUGAAAAGCCAUUAAUGAAUUUCUUUUGCUCGGAGACCGAGGGAGAAGGGAGUAGGGCGCGGUGGGGAGGCUGAGCAGCGAGAGACCAUUAUACCAAGUGUGUCGCCUGAAAUGCUUCUGUGUAGUUCCUUUGGGGGAGGAGUAAGGUAAUCUCAGUCUUACUGGGAGGGGGGUGUUCACAUGUUGCUUUUUUUUUCUUUCUUCCUUUGUUGUUGUUUGGCAUUUUUUUUCCUUUCCUUCUCAGAAAACCAGCUGCAGGAAGCAGGAGCCGCGGUGCCAGUCCCGGGGGCUGGGAGGGCCGAGGCGCAGGGGGGCGGCGUGGGGGGCGGGCAGCCAGGCUGUGGGCCCCUCGCACGCGCCCCUCCUUCACCUGCUAAGAAGCCAUGAGGACUCGUAAGCUCUCGUUCAGGGAAGAAAGAAGAGGGCGUGAGGAAGUAACCCGAUGCCUUUAAAAACAGAACACGAAAAUGAUGGUCAUUUUUCCUUUUCCAUGUGGGUUCGGGGAGCCAGACCGCAGAGACUGAGGGAGUCCACCGAGCGGCCUGACCCUGGAGAUGUCUGCGCUGCGUCUGGGUCUCUGACCGUGUCCCAAGUGAAGCCUUAACAAUGAACACACUUUCGUCGCGUGCUACGGGUCAGUCAGCAUAAACCUGUAAAGGGGACGGACAACUCUUAAGACAACCCAGGAAUGUUGAAACGUGGUGACCUGUGGACUUGGGGUUCGGUGGUCCCCCUUGACUUCAUGGGGCCGGGGAGCAGAAGGGCAGGAUGGCGGGAGCUCGGGGCCGAUGGAACCCCGAAGCGCAGAAGGUAGCUGGGGUGCGAGGGGAUGUUUGUCGAGGCUGAAGGCGGAGUGGACGGAGACACGGAAGGUAGCCAGACGCCAGAGCCUGGUGGGAGUGAAGGAGCCGCGUCUGUCCCGCU